AGAACAAUUUAUAAGACAAUUCUAUCACCGCAACCUGUCGGCUGUUACAGAGCCAAGGUUCUAAGAAUACUCACCUAAUAAAAAUGACAGAAACUAGCUGCUCUGAAAGUAGCCCUGAGGUAAAGCCUGCUGAAAAACAGCUGAUAUACCGCUGCAAGAAAUGUCGUCGAAUUGUUGCUUCAGAAGAGAACAUAGUUCAACAUGAACAAGGGAAGGGAUGGAUAAAGUGGGGUGCUGAAUCCAAUCCAGCGCCCGAAUGCACAGCCAUAUUUGUUGAGCCUAUGAAGUGGAUGCAGCAAGUUCAAGACGGAUAUGUUUGGGAGAAGCUCUAUUGCAUGGGAUGCAAAGCUCGGCCAGGUUCUUUCAACUGGGCGGGAAUGCAAUGCAGUUGUGGAGCUUGGGUUAAUCCAGCUUUUCAGCUUGUUAAGAGCAAGAUUGAUGAAUGCCAAUUUUGAGCUGUGUAUGACUUGUUUGUUCAUAUUCUACUUGUGAUUACUCAAUAGAUAAUUUUAUUAUCUUAAUCAGUUACAUUUAUUUAUAAGGUACUGUAAUGACUAAUUUUUUUCCUUUUUUUUUAAUGGUUUUGACUAAUGUAAUAUAAAUCGGUAGCUAAUUCGCUUUUUGAAUUUGCGGUUCGUUCAAAAUGAUCCUAAAAUAGUUAAAA